ACGAGGGAGGAGCGUCUAGAACGUUCACCUGGAUCUCCGAGUGAUUGCAGACAGCUCGAGAGUGAGUCGGACAAAACUUUCAACUGUAUACAAACAUUACUGAUGUGGACAUCUAUUUCCAGAGGAACUGUGUCUGACAUUGAUAGCAUGCCAGGAUAUGUCUUUAGGAAUCCUCUGCAUCCUCUCCACUGAUCUUCAGUUAGGAACGCCUCUCUCCAUCAAAUUCUUGUGUCAAGAAUAUUAGAACUAAAGCAAAAUGGCCGUUCGUUCUCCUCGACAUGCACGCAGCAAAUCAGAAGGAACACUAAUUGACCUGGAUGAAAACCCAUCAACAAAUAACAUAUUUUUAAAAGAUAGCAGCUACCGAGAUGUUUCAUAUGGACUGGAGACAGAUUUGCUGAAAGAUUGGAAUGAAGUGGUAUUUGAUCAUUCUAGCCAUACAGUUUCUGAACCCACAAAUCCAUUUUGGAAUGGUUUGUCAGGAUCAAACCCAUUCUUAGAUGAGAUUACCAAAAUAGGUGAGAAUAAGACACCAAAUCCAGAAUCUGUGUUAAAGGACGACCCGCUGCUGCUAUUUGAAGAUUCAAGACCUGCUGAAUCUGGCUCUUCAGCUGAUGAAUUGGAUAUUAAUCACCUAAUCUAUAUUGGAAAACCUUUUGCAAAACAACCUGGAAGGUGGAAAAGUGCUUCUGACAUUUUGGAUUUUUCAAACAAAGAAGUUGUUCCUCAGAAUAAUCGUCCAGUGAGUCAAUUUAUGGUUCCCAAUUUGGAGUCAUUUCAGAAUGAUAGAGAAGCCUACAAAAUGGCAUGGCUGAGCCAUAGACAACUAACUAGAUCUUGUCUCGAUUUGGACAUGAUAAGCCAAAACCCUGGUUGGGGGCAGACACAAGCUAUUGAAACCCACAUUGUUUGUAAAAUUGACCAUAAAGGGGGAUCACUUCAGUUGCCUGAAUCAGAUAUAAGUGUCCACGUACCUGAAGGUCAUGUUUUGCCAGGUGAAAUUCAGGAAGUGGCUGUAAAGUCGUUGCUUGACCCACCUCAGGUACUCAAUAAUGAUCUUUGCACAACUAUUGGUCCAUUACUGGAACUGAAACUGAGCCAUUUAAAGACCCAAGAUUUUAUUUCUUUGGAAAUGAAGGUGACCGCUGAAGUGAAAACUGAUCCUAUGAGUCAGGUUAUGACUGAAAUUGUGUGCCUUUGCAGUGAUGCAAAGGAGGGCCCUUUUGAGAAGGUGCAUGACAUUUACAUAUAUAAAGAUGUUAUGCAGGUAACACUGAAAAAAUUGAGUCCUUGUAUGUAUAUUGUAGCAGCAGUUCAAGCUAAAAGCAUUCAGCCUCCUGCAUCGACAGUGUGGGACUACCUGAAUAAAGUGAUGACCUUUGGAGUUUAUGGUCCCAAACAUAUUCAUCCAGUUUUUACUGCAGUUUGUGUAAUCUUUAGCCACAAUCAAGUUCCACAAAAUCUUACAGAUGUUAACAAAAACAAAAGAAAUUUACCACCAGUUGUUCUUCAACUUUGGGGAAAACAUCAGUUUCAGUUAGAUAGGCCAGAAGAUUUUGAAAUUUCAAUUUUUCCUAUUGACUCAAGGUACGAAGUACAAGUCGUUGAUCAGAAUGAAAAGAUUAAAAAAAGUUUGUUAAAACUAGGUCGAACAGUUCGGCAGCCUUUUACUUUGUCCAUGUGCAAAUCCGGAGAGAUUAAUCCAUUUCAACUCGAAAUUCAAGUUGCAGGAGCCAACCGUGAUGUAAUAACAAAAUUCAGUGUCCAGACGCCCAUGCCAGCACCCAAAUCAAAUGUGAGAAGACGUUUGCAGAGAUGGAAAGAACCCACAAUAGCUGCACCUCCAAGUGAAACAUCACCACCAGUUAACUAUCCCUCAUUUCAAGAGAGGCCUGUAAAUAUUCUUAAAUAUGGAGUGGCUCUGAAAACUGUGUUGAGGCAGCCAAAGAUUGAAUACUUACUGGAAUAUUUUAAAGGUGACACAGUAGCACUUCUUGGAAUGGACAAAGUUAAAGCCAUUGGUCAAACAAGGAUCAAAGAGUGGUACGUUGGUUUCAUACGAGGAAAAAUUGGCCUUGUACACUGCAAAAAUGUGAAGGUGAUUUCUAAGGAACAGGUCAUGGACUUUUCAGAUGUAAAGAUUACAACCAAGAUACUCCUGCACCAAAUUAUGAUUCCAUUUAAGAAGUUGACAUAUAUGUAUUCAUCCAUCCGUAAACUCAUAACUGAGAAUAUUUCUAAUUGGAAAGCGUUUGCUGGGGUGCUUGGAUACACUGACCUCUCACUGGAUAAAGUCUGCAGGAGACCUGCUGAAAGUGAAUCAGAACGUGUUGCAUGUAUAUUAGAGAAGCUGAAAGAAGACUGCCACAGUGGUGACAAUAGGAUGAAAAGAAAAUUCCUGUACGAUGUUGUUCUGGGACUUUUAAAGCUCGAUUGCCAAGGAACAGUGGCUCACCUUGUUCAAGAUGUUGUCAUGCUCUCAACAGCUGUGGAGCUUGGUGUCCGUUGGAGGGAGUUAGGGGAAAAGCUAUCCAAACUCUCAAAACAGCAAAUAGAAUCAUAUGAAGCACCUCACAGAAAUAAAAGUGGCGAAAUUAAUCAGGAGACCAUGUGGAAACCAGCAUAUGAUUUUCUUUAUACAUGGAGCAUCAAGUUUGGUGAUGGAUACCGGGAUGUACUGCAAGAAUUGCACACUGCCCUGGAUAGAAUGAAAAACCCAAUUACGAGACAUUGGCGACAACUAACAGGGGUUCUUAUUUUGGUGAACUGUAUGGAAAUACUAAGAGCUGCUGCAUUUGCCAAGCGUGAUGAGGAGUAACUCGGUUAUCUCUCAAAACCAUACCAUUAAGAAACACAGACACUGAAUCAAUUCUUAACCAGGUUGUGAAGUGGGAAGGCUGAUGGAAGUAAAACAGUUCUCCAAGAAUGCAAUUACAUUUACGAUAAAUACCAUGAAACAAAACAGGAUAAGUUAUAGGGUAUAUGUACGUCUCAGAUGAAUUGAAAAUGGGUUAAGAUUUAGUAAUCAUUCUAUUACUUUUCUCAAAUAUUUGCAGCUUAACACCCAAUGAGUUGAACCUAAUUACGGAAGUGAAGUGUUUUUCGAAAAUACUGGGUUACUUGAAAAGCUGUUUCAUUUUUAACUUUUUCUUCUUUUUCGGACGUUUGGCAUCUCUUCCACUUCAGAGCAUGAUAAUAGCAUUUGGACUAAGUUCUUCCUUCAUCUCAAAUGGUUUUAAAAAUUAAAAUAAUAGUUCCUGUUGACCUUCAUGAUCAGUAAUUGAGUGAAAAUUGGGUAUAAUAUGCAUAAUGUAUAGGAUUCAUAUUUUUUUCUGGGAGCUGAGGACUGCCCCAUUAUUUCUCAAUGUUGAUUUUUAAAAUUUGAUUAACUGCAUCUACGAAUGUAGUGGCAUAAGUAUGUAAAUACUUGGAUCCAUUCUCAUUUAUGAGAGUUAUAUCUCAACCAAAGCUAUAGUGAACCACUAGGGUCAUAUAUUUAGUAAAAUAAUGCACUGCUUGUUUUUUUUUGACCAACAUAACCUUUGGAGCCUAUACAUGGCCAUGAUAUUCGUAUGUUAUUCCUUGUCUAUUAUUUUACAAUUCACACCGUCUUAAUAUGUGUAAGAUGAUAACAGUAAAGGAAUAUCAUGUGAAUACAAUAAGUACUAGUCUGACCACUAAUUUCUGAGUUUUAUUUUCAAAAUGAAUCACUGAUAAUAUAAAGUACAUAGUUUCAGUGAUGCAGAAACAUUUAGUCUACUAUGAUAUUUACAAUAUUCUUAAAUUGCCUCCAAUAUCAUCUUGAUUUAUGUAGUUUGCUGUCUCAUUCCUUUGGAUUUAAUAGGCUUUUAUAGAUCCCAGAAAAGGUGGUAUAUUCAGGUUCACAACCUGAAACCUCUGUACGUGAGAUGAGAAGUUUCCCACUUUUUUAUUCUCUUCAGGUAAUUAUUUUAUUAAGGCAUAGCACUUCAAAACUGCACUUCAAAGUUUUAUAUAUAGAUAUGAACAAUGCUUAUAAUGUUCCAUCAUGUGAAUAAGGGUCUUUUUUUAUUAGCAUAUAAAUGCAUGACCCCAUCACACAGUUUUACACACCAAAAAUGCUCAACAGGAUCACUAUUUUGUGGGAUGUUCAGAAAUGAAUAAACUGAUGCUUUGGGCCUGAAUUCCUAAUAAGUUCACACUAUGUGUAAAGCUGUCUUCUGGGAAUAGAGUUUGUAAAAUGGCUUGUAGGGAGUAUAUUCAAAGAAUAAUUACAGAAUAAUGAGGAUAAUCCGAUAUGAUGAAAGAAAGCUUUUUCUAUUUGUGGGUGAUGUGUGUUCCAGAACGGGAGUAAGUGUCUAAUCCUCAUCCACAGUUUAGCUACCAAAAGUUAAUAGUUGAUUAUAUUCCGUGUGCCCUCAUUAAACGCUACCAAAAGUUGAUACACUGCCUUCCAGAAUAGAGUUGGCACAUAUCCAUAUAUUCUAUUGCACCUGUUAUGAAAACUGCCAAAAUUUUUUAAAAUGCUGAGUUCAAUAGAGAUUGCAAUAAUGUAAAUAUAAUUCAGUUUUUCUCUGGGUAUGAGUUAUUUCCUUUGUCUGGUCUUACUGCCUUGGACUUAAUACAAUAUAUAUGUGAGAAGAAAUUAAAUGAAAAUAUGACAAUAAGCAAUAUUGAGGAAUAUAGAGGUGUGUGGUAAAUCUGGUGCAGUAUGUAGUUCUUUUGCAAUAGGAAACAGCUAUUUUAUUUUUUCUUCCGUGGUUUGCUGUUUUCCUGUUCCUAGUUCCUAGGGCUGAAGAGCACUCAGCUGUAUGAUUUCUGAUUUUCUGUAACUGUGCAGGGUAACAGAAUGGCUUGUUUUCUUAGUGAAGUAAUGUAGCGCCAUAUGUGCUUGAAUUAAAUUGAAUGUUAACGUCUGUAUCCACGAAAUGUUAACCAAGAUGUUCUGCAGUUAUCCAGCUUCUUUAUUUUUCUGUUUACGUAGUUAUAUAUGCUAGCCCUUUGUCAUUUCUGGGUUUUUUUUCGGAUUGUUCAGAGAGACAUCAACCAUUUUAAUUUUAGAUUUAUGUUUAAUAGCUAUGAUAAAUGUUUCCAUAUUAAUCAUUUGAAAUAUUCCAACUAUUUUCUAAACAAUCUUGUAACUUGGCAAAUUUGGGACUGUAAAACACUGCAAAUUGCUGAUGUACAGUGCAAGGCACAUAGGAUGUGCUGAACAUUUUUAAUAUAACCUUUUUCAUGAAAGUAUUGUGAAACACACAACUUUACAGAAAUACUUAACAGCAUUAUUUACUCAUUGUCAAUAAAUAUUCUAAAUUAGAUUUAAGCUGCAUGUUAUGUUUAAUAGCCAAAUUUUGCACGGUUUAAAAUGGUGACACCAAUGACUGAUCAAAUCAGAUCCCAGAAUGAAAUUUGGCUUGAUGGAUUUUUUAAUAUAUUUUAGUUAGAUUUAUAAAAGCCACUGCAGAAGAAAUUAAUUUUAAAACUCGUGCAUAUUAGGUGUUUGGCCUCUGAAAGGUGGGCAAAUGUCCACUUCCCUCCUGAAGCAGUGGGAAAGCUCCAUCUUGGUUGCACAAGAUGGGAAGACUCUGAAAAUGGUGAGAAGCCAAUAUUUGAUAAUUUAGAAAUGACAGAAAAACCCCAAAAGAAGUACAGGCAGACAGUAUUGCAGUGAAUAGAAUUCAAAUCCUUGAAAGUAGUUAAUAACUAUGUAAAACUAUUUUAGAAUUUAUAAUAUCUAUCAGUUUAAUAUGGCAUUACUGUAUAUUACAGGGUGCCUAAAUACUAAUAGAUGAAAGUACUGGUAGAUUACUGCAACGUUGCUGUAGUACAGUCUAUAGAGUUUACAGUGGCAGAUUUUGAAGCAGCAUUGAAAGUAAGAAUGCAAGCUUAAAGAACAGAUUACAAAUGAUGUUGAAAUGCUACCAAUUUAGAAUAGAUUUAUUGUUCCAAGAACUUAAUAAACACAUUAAGAAGAAAAGGCAGGAGAAAUAACUCAUCCAUAAUGAUUCUAGAGUUAGGAGUCGACCAUAUAAAACAAUAUUUUGGGUAUCUUGGAGAAGGCAUUUCUUACGAUUCAGGCUACUCUAAAAUUAAAAUUGAACAUUAAAUCUGAAGCUCAUCAAGUAAAUUCAGUAGGUCAUAUAGUGAAUUAAGUUAUUAAUUGCCAGACUAUUAGAGUUCAGAUACUUGUGAUGUCCUAAAAUAUUUAGAUUAUCUCAAGAUAAGAACAAAUAAACUUUUUCAAUAACAGAACUGAGAAAGUGAGGAGAGUCUAAUUUACUAUGAAACAACAGCAGGGGAUGAAUUAAGAUGUCCAAUCUGAUUAACAAUUCACGAAGCCAGCCCAAUAUCUACAGAUUCCAGACAUGGUCAAGAAGAAGCAAUUGCCCGAGUAAGAAGAGAAUGUUAUCAGAAAGAGACAGUCUCAUUUACAAAUCUAGGAAGGAUUUUCACCAGAGCAGCUGUUUUCCGUGACUGAAUUGACAAGAUUAAAGGACCCUUGCAUAAUAUUACAAGACAGCAAGAUGAGUAAACCGAGAAGAGGCCCUCUACCAAGGGAAUUCAGGAGAUUAAAUGUUCUUCAGAUAAGGUUAUGGACUAAUCCCUUAAUAUACAAGGGACAACAUCCUCCAUGAAAGAUAUCCAAGAUCUAAAAGAUCCUCCAACAGAGAAAUGAUCCACAGAUCAGAACUAUCAUCCACAGUUCUCAAACAUAACAUCUAUCAUUCAUAAUCUGAAGAGAGGACGUUCUCAGAAAAUUGUGAAACGGCCAGGCCACCAGCCCUUAUGAAGCCAUUGACAUUGUGGAUGGGGUUGAUAGGGUAGUGGUAAAUAUAAUACAGUUGCACACAUGAAUGUAUGUUUAGCUACGGAGAAAGGUUCGAGGGCAAUCUUGUAUAAAAUAACGAUUCUGAAGGAACUAAUUUUUGUAUUCUGUUAAGAUUGACUCAGUCUGAUGAUGUGACAGUCUUUGGGUGCAGAUAGUUAAAAUGUGCUUGAGUACCUGAUGGAAACACAUGUCCUGUAUAGCUUCCAAGAGUCCUUAUAAAUAGGCUAGUAAGUUAAUAGCAAUAGUUAUAGGUUACAUUAUGCAAUGGACUACCUUGUUAUGUAAAACAAGUGCCUAGUCUGCUUAGACAGCCACUAGGCUCCGUGUAGGGAAAGGAAAAUUAGAGGCAGUAAAUUUACCUAAAGCAGAAUACUGGCAGCAGCGGUAGUUGAAAGGAUGGCAAUUUUUUUUUUCACAUGGAAACGUUACAUGAAUUAAGUUUUAACAGUGCUUCUGCGAAUGGCCAUUUGGUUAUCAAUAUAACCUUCCCUCUAAAUUUAUCUAAGAAAUCUGCAAUUUAGUAACACAAUACUCAUUUUAUAGAAAGAUUUUGCUUGCUGAUGGCAAAGUGUGGCUUGGAAAAGAUCCUUGCUGUGGCAUAAUUUUGUGGAGCGGAAUAUUAUAACUCGUUGUUUUAUGGACUUUAAAUUUGUUUUUUUUUUUACAUAUUGUACAACAAUCAAUAAUUUUAUUUAAACUCAUUGUUAGAGCUUCCUGAAUUAGAAGUCUCCAAAACCUUUUGGUCAGAUUUUAAAUCGUUUUGUUUGCUCAUAAAUUUUUAUGACAGUUCUUUACUUGUUGUUUUAUUUAAACUUGUCAAGAUCACAUCUGCUCUACAGCCUGUAGCCUGAAUAUGAAGAAAAUGUUUAAUAGGUAAUUUUAUUUUAUGUCCACAUCAUUAAACUACUUCAGUCAGUAAUGGUCAGUAAUGAUUAGAAGGUAGAGGAAAAGGAAAAUUUACAUGAGGUUGGAUUUUCUUACUCAAAAGAUAAAUUUAUUCGUAUUAGAGAGCUAAAAACAUUAAUAAUUUGUCAUAUAAUGCUUUGAAAUUUUACUUGUGACUUUCUAUGAAAUAUCCUCUUUCUUAAACAUUGUGUGCCAAACACCUGUUCAUAAAAUCAGUAACAAAACAAAUGAGACCUAAUGGCUAAUUUCUAAAAGAUAUGUCUUCUCUAAAUCAAAGGCAAAUAUUGAUACUGUAAUUAUCAAUACUGUUUGUACACCUCUAUUGACUAACAGUCCUGUAUUUAUAUGUUUUGCUGAGCUGUAUUGGGCUGUUGAUCAAAAAUGCCUUUUUUUAAAUUCUUCAAAACAUUUAUAGAUGGAAUUAUUUUAAAUGGAGAAAUUACAGCAGUGUUAGAGCUUUCUAAGGAUCAUGUAUGUUGAUAUUAUAGGUUAAUUCCAAUUACAAUCAUUCAUCAUUCUCUGUUUAUCAUAAUGGAUCAUCUUCAGUGUGGCUCUGCAAUUUGUUAACAUGUGUGGUUAAGUGACAUGUUUCUUCUGGUCUAAGACUUAAACUGUUAUUGUCCUGACAGCUGUAAGUAUCUCAAGUAAACUGAGCUAAUAUAGUUUCAACAUGGCUGAGUUAAAAAUGAUCCCUUGGGUAGUGUUAAUUUACUGGAAUUUCCUGUUAUGUAAAGAAUGCACCUGAAUCAACAGAAUUAUAUGUCACUGCUAUUUUAUUUGUUUUAAUUUGUGAUGUGCAUCAUGUCUGGACCCCACAAGUUGCAUACUUUGUGCAUGGCAGCCCUUGGAAUUUUAAUACAAUGCCAGGUGAUGAUGUUAGUAUACUGAAACCUAACUUGUUUACUGGAAGUUACCAGAGACACAUGUAAUUAUCUUCAAGUUUCUAGAAUCCUUUCAUUUAAUUUUGUUGCAGAUUUCUUUUCUGUUAUAUGCUUAGAAAAAUCUUUAUUCGAUCAACCCUGUUAAUUUUGUUUUUAACCAUGCCACCACCAAUUUCAAUACAAGGAUCACCCUGGUCACUAACUACAGCUAUUGAAAAUAUAUAUUCAAAAGAUAUUUAUGAUAUCACCGUACAAGGUGACCAGAAAAAGAAUUGUCAAAUGUGUUAAGUUCCUUCUCACUUUUUAUAUUGCCUCAAAGUUAAUUCCAUUGUAUGAAGGUCCCAGGUGAUUCAACUGUCUAUUUAGUAAUUUCUGCACCAGUUUACCCAUUAGAGAUUUACUAGAAUGUAGCAUUGGAGUACAUCGACCGACUGAAGUAUCUAAUUGCAUUUUCUGCUUUAAGCAGGGAGGAUAAAAGAGGCAAUUUGAUAUGAAUGUUUUAAAAUGGUAUACUGUGCCAUAAUUCCUGAUGAACAAAUUCUCUGGUCUUGAAAAAUUAAUGUUAAAUGCCUGGAAGGUCAUUCUUUCCAUUUGAUGGCACAGAUUAAAACAUUUGCAAGCAGUUUAUUAUGAGUUCAGCAGCCAGCACUAUCGGUUCACCACUGACCAAAGUAUCUCCCUCUCAUUCAUCAGUGUUUACCACCAUGAAGUCUUACCAUUUCUUUCAAUGUUUCAUUUCAAAAAAAGCUUCCUAUGUGAUGGCUAGUCUUUCUCACCCGUGAGACUCAAAGCCUAAUCCUCCUUAUCCUGAUACCCUCACCCUGGUAUUCACUAAGAUUAUAGGUAGUUUAAGAAAUCUGGAAUAUUUGUAUUAAUCUAUAGCAGGUAGAUUUAGAAUUAGUGAAGGAAUUUGUCCAGCAGUGCCAUAUCAUGUUGGCGGAAUCUUUACAGCGGCCUGAGCAGCAUGGCCUAUGGAAAGAUUUGUGGCAGAAUUGGACAAGAAAUCUGGUGAGGUCUACCCUGACAUCUCUGCAUUUUCUAUGCUUUUGCUUGCAACUUUCUUGCUAGGUAGCAGUGGGUAAUUGAUUUAAAAGGAUCGUAGCUUGUUAAACAUCUUCUUAAACCAUAACUUGCCUCAUUAAUACUCAGUUUGUCAAUUUACCAAAAUGACCAAGUUGUAUAUUGAGAAUUAUCAAUUUUAAAGUCAGCGUGAAUACCUGGCAACUUCAGCUCGUCACUGGCUAAAACCAGUCUUGAUGUUGCUCAGCACUGAGCAGCAUUAAAGGGCACACUGCAGAGGUAGUAAAUGCAUACACGCCUCAUCCAUUGAUAUUAGCCUCUGAUAUUUGAUGGGACCUUGCUCAUCCAUUUGCAGGAUGCUUAGGAAGCAAACUCUUUACUCGCAGUGUGCAGCAGUAACUAGAAUUGAAAGGCUGACCCUGCACACAAGGGUAUGCACCCAACUCAGUUUGGACCAGGUUGCAUUUCAGGAUUGAUCACUUGCUGUCAUAGUGCUUGCUCAUUUAGCACCUACCUGCAUGUUCACACUAGCCAUGCCCCUUUCACUAUGCCAGUUUGGGCAGUCACACAACCAGGUGGCUUCCUUUACUAGGAUAACAAGGUGUAGAGCUGGAUGAGCACAGCAGGCCAAGCAGCAUCAGAGGAGCAGGAAAGCUGAUGUU